ACUUAAAAAGAGGUGGCACUCUGAGAGCAGCGUUCAUUCAGCACUGCCUGAGUAAGAAGAUUACUUUUGCGCUGCUCGUCUCAAUACUCUUUCUCUCUUUAAACAUGCUAAGGAUGCUAAAGCGUCAGCACCUCCACCCGGGAAUGAUUUUAUUACUCUUAUGGCUAUGUUAUUUGAUUGAAGAUCAAAAAGUGCAAGCUGGUAACUGCUGGCUACAGCAAGGCAAGAACGGGAGAUGUCAGGUCCUCUACAUGCCUGGGAUGAGUCGAGAGGAAUGCUGCCGGAGUGGGAGGCUCGGUACAUCUUGGACCGAGGAAGAUGUGCCAAACAGCACAUUAUUCAGGUGGAUGAUCUUCAAUGGCGGUGCUCCAAACUGCACACCUUGUAAAGAGACAUGUGAUAAUGUGGACUGUGGCCCUGGGAAGAGAUGUAAAAUGAACAGGAGGAGUAAGCCUCGCUGCGUCUGCGCCCCAGACUGCUCCAACAUCACCUGGAAGGGGCCGGUGUGCGGCUCAGACGGAAAAACAUACCGAGAUGAAUGUGCCCUUCUGAAAUCCAAAUGCAAAGGGCACCCAGAUCUGGAGGUGCAGUAUCAAGGCAAAUGCAAAAAGACGUGCCGUGAUGUCCUGUGUCCGGGAAGUUCGACUUGUGUGGUGGACCAGACAAACAACGCGUACUGUGUGACAUGCAACCGCAUAUGCCCAGAGGUUACAUCUCCGGAUCAGUACCUUUGUGGCAACGAUGGGAUUGUUUACGCCAGCGCGUGCCAUUUAAGGAGAGCCACGUGCUUGCUCGGUAGAUCCAUUGGAGUGGCAUACGAAGGGAAAUGCAUCAAGGCCAAGUCAUGCGAUGAUAUCCAGUGCAGCGCAGGGAAGAAGUGUCUAUGGGAUGCCAAGAUGGGUCGCGGGCGCUGUUCAGUUUGUGUGGAGUCAUGCCCAGAAAGUCGCUCGGAGGAGGCCGUGUGCGCCAGCGACAACACCACAUAUCCCAGCGAGUGCACCAUGAAGCAGGCCGCUUGCUCUUUGGGGGUUCUCCUGGAGGUUAAGCAUUUAGGAUCUUGCAACUCCAUUACUGAAGACCAGGAGGAAGAUGAUGAUGAGGAAGACCAGGACUACAUGGCUUAUAUCCAAUUAUCACCUGUACUGGAUGGAUAAAGCCCUAUCAACCAGUGGAACAGUCCUAGGGCACGGAAUCAUGUCCACACUGUACAUAUGUGUAUGCUAAUUUAUUUUUCAGAGAAAAAAGAAAGAAGUAUACAUGUAGUUCAGUCUGCUUGAUGUUUAUUUAUACAGUGUUCUGUUUUAUAAUUUAUACAUUUACAGUGUCUGGCUUACUUGUCUAUCAUGCCAUUUUGUUAUCACUUGUGUUGUCUUUCCCUUUUCUUUCUUUUUUUAAAUUAUGACCGAGAGAUAUAUUUGUCCAAAGAGAAGCAGUGUUAUUUAUUGUGAGGUAAAAUGCUAUCAUGUAAAGUGUGAGUCUUCUGCAAGCUGUAAAUUGCAUUCCCUGAGCUGUAUAAAUGCUUAUCAAUGUCAAUUCUGUAUCACAGAUGUUUAUUUCAAACAUACCUGCAUGUUAGCUUGUGAGUUUAUUUAUUGGAAAAAAAUGGAAAUGCAUAGGAAAAAAAAUGUCACUCUUUAAUGUACAUGUAUAUUUCUGGUUUUGUUUACAGUUUAGUGUAACUGACCAAAGGGAUUUUCUCGCACGUUCUUCAAUGUUUUGUGAUAUGGUGCAGCAGGAU